AACAUUAGUUAUUGCUUUAACUGUUUCCCGUUUACUUUCACUACUCGGAAAAUCUGUUGCAGAUAUGUGGAGAUAGGAUUUGAGUCAGGCAUUCCAGUGACAGUGAACGGGAAGAGGCUAUCCCCAGGAAAUUUGGUUGCUGAGCUUAAUGAGAUAGGUGGAAGGCAUGGAAUAGGCUGUGUCGAUAUAGUUGAAAACCACAUUGUAGGCCUGAAGAGCCGAGGAGUUUAUGAAACUCCAGGUGGCACCAUUUUCUUCACCGCAGCAAGAGACUUAGAGAGUUUAACACUCGAUCGUGAAACACUUCAGCUUAAAGACUCGUUAGCAAUUAAGUAUGCAGAGUUAGUGUAUGCUGGAAGGUGGUUCGAUCCUCUUCGUGAGUCAAUGGAUGCAUUCAUGGAAAAGAUCUCAGAGAUUACAACAGGUUCAGUGAGUUUGAAACUGUAUAAAGGCAGUGCUUCUGUGACGGGUCGGAAGAGUCCUUCUGUUAAUUAAAAAUCUUUGUUCAUUCAAAAAGGUAAACGGCAUCUUUGAUUUAUCGAGAUAAAAUCUAAAUUGCAUUAUUAUAAUUGAUACAAUAUUUAAACCAUAAGUUAACAUGAUUUUUCUUUGUUUUCAUCGAUGAUUGUGAUCUUUGGUGUCAACGAUGGUAUAAUUAUGGUGUUGAGUAGUGAAAUAUUCUUGAUAGUAUAUUGUUAAAUGAUCAUGCAUAAAAAUUUGUAACAUAAGUUGACUAAGAAUGAAAGUUCGUUCGACCAUGUAAGCAAUUUUUAAGAUAAAAAGAUAAAAACUCCUUUAAAACUGUAAAGGACCUUGGUGCAAUUUUGCCACUAACUUGAGUAUUGCUACUCAAUCAUUUCAGAUUCAUACUCAAUGAAUUCAUAGUGCAAAGUGGUCAGGGUGCAUAAAUUUGUUAACGAACUCUAGAGUUCACAGAGGACUACAAGUAAUUUUAUAAUGAUAAUUCUAUGAGUAAUAUAUAGUAUAUAAUACAUAAUGUAUACAAUACUAUACUAUAUACUUUACAAAUCAAAAUGCUUGGUUGAUGAAAG